AUGACGGUUUGCUAUAAGUGCUAUCAGCUGGGUCAUAAAAAGUCAGAAUGCCCGGAACUAACAGGAAAGAAAGAGGGUGCCGACUCAAAGAAUGAAACCCCGAAGUCAAAGGCUAGGUCGUUCCAAAUCACUGCUGCUGAAGCAAAAAUGGAACCUGACGUGGUUACAGGUAUAUUUACUGUAUAUUCUGUCCACGCACGUGUUUUAUUUGAUACGGGUGCGAAUAAGUCUUUUGUUUCACAUAGAUUCAUUCAAAACCCUUUGUUCACAUUAACAAAAUUGCCUAUGCCAAUGGAAGUAGAAGUAGGUAAUAACAAAAGUUUCAUUGUUUGUGAUGUAUGUCGAGAAUGCAAACUAAAUAUUGAUGGCGAGGAAUACGCCAUUGAUUUAAUACCCAUGUCGAUGGGGGAAUUUCAAGUGGUAGUUGGAAUGGACUGGUUAUCUCGCUACCAUGCUAAGGUGAUAUGCUUACGUAAGGAGAUACACUUAAAGUCUCCAAGCGGAAAGCGUGACAUCAACUACGGGGAGAAGGCUUGUGAUCCCAUGGUAUGCUCGAUGAUAGAAGCCCGCAAGUUGUGA